AUGCUAAGCGGCGUAAAAGACGACAAGAAGAAGAAGCAGAGAAUUCAGGUAGCCGACGGUUCUGUGUAUGUCAGGCAAAGUGCUACGGGUAGUUUAAAGCUUCAGAUGGAUUCUGCUCGCACCAGGAGGAAGGUGGGCUGUGUGCGUCAAGAGAAUGCAUGUGUGACCCUGCAGGACGAAGAGUUCUUUAGUGAUCUUGAUGUCAUCCAGUAUGAAUUGAGUGCCUCCAAGAACCAGGAUAUCUUCCAAGGAGCCAACAUUGGAGAUAAAAAUGGUGUCACUGUUUUGCAUGAGCAGAUUCGUCAUCUUGAAACCCAGCUGGAGAUUCAGGCUGAAGAACUAAGGGUAGCAGAGCAGAGGGUGGAACAGGGCCUGGACGCCGCGGUCCACAGUGACAUACUGCUGAGCAGGCUGACGGAGGAGCUGAGCGAGCUCAGAGCAGAGCUGGACGGCAAGGCCACAUUGUGCAAGCGGGCUGAGCAACAAAGAAACCAAGCACUUCUUAAUGCUGAGAAGCUCAAAGAAGCAUUCAAAGAUUACAAAGCCACUACUUCUCUUAAACUUAAGAAGGUAACAGAGAGUGAAAGAAAUCUCAAAGAGAGCCUUAUUGAGUGUGACAGAGGAAAAAAAGAGUUGGAAGUGAAGACUGCUGUGCUGGAACAUGAGAAGGCAGAACAGAACCAAACCAUUAACCAGCUGAAGGAGGAGUUAAGGCAGGCAAACUCAGCAGCUGCCAACUGUUCAGACCUACGUUACCAACUGGAAGAGGCUGGACGCCGGGCCUUGAACCUGGAAAGAGACCUGCUGGAUCGGUCUGCAGAGUGUAGGAAACUGACCUCCGUACAAAGGGAACUGGAAGACCUGUGCGCUGUAACCCAGAACCAGGAGCAGAAGUUGGCUCAGAGCCAGAAACGGACUCAGCAGAGUCAGGCAGAGUUAGCUAGCCUAGAGGCCAUACUGUCCCUGCUGCAUCUGCGAGAGAGUACUGGAGGGCCACUCUGUGUCAGGCCCUGCGUUCUGCCUCCUCUAGAUGGAGCUCCACAGAAGCCAAAGCCAGAUGAACCCUACGAGUUGCUGCUCCGAGCACUGCAGUCGAUGCAGGCUGACCGGACCAAGCAGAGCACCAUGGCUGAGCAGCUUCAGGAAGCGCCUCAGGAGAGCACAAGCAGAGAUCUCCUCAUACAGAGCUCCAUGGCCAGAGCCUCCCACUACCAGAGUCUCCACACGGAGCUGCUCAAUAAAGUUAGCCAAGCCACGGACACAGAGAGAGAGUUAAAGAGAAAAAGUGCACGUGUGGCUGCCUUGGAGAAACAGUUACAGGAGAAAACGUCAGCGUACAGCCAGGCAGCACUGAACAACACUGACCUAGAGAAGAGCUGCUGGUACAAUACAAACACACAUACAUGUUGGGGUUCGGUUCUGGAGAAGAAAAGCACUCUCCAGCAUUACCAGUCACUGAUGACCAAAAAGCAAAGAGAAUACCAGCAGUCUCUGGAAUGUCGAUCUUCACAGACCCAAAAAUGCAUGGAGCAGCAGCAUAGAAUAGAAAUGCUGCAGCUGUCUGUAGAGAAGUCUCAGUCUCAUGUGGAGAUGCAGCAAGAGUUGAAAUCACUUCAAGAAGAGCGAGAUGAUGCCCAAAAAGGAGCUCUUCUGCUACAGACCUCUUUGGACAAACUCACGCAGGAGAGGCAGAUUGAAAGGAGACGCAGCGAGGACCUGCUGCAGAGCUUGAAAGAGCAGUCAGAAAAGUCUGCUGCCAAGGUGUUUGAGUUACAGUCGUCUCUGUCAGCAUGUAGAGAAGAACUUGGUUCAUACCUGUGCCAGAUGGAGGAAGUCAAGAAGAACUACAGCACAGAGCUGCAGAAGACCAGUGAUCAGCUGUCCUCUCUGCAGGAAAAGCUCCACAGUACCAACCUGGCUCAUCAGACUUCCAGCGAGCAGAAUCUGCAGCUUCAGUCUUCUCUGCAGCAACAGCAGAUUAUGCUUACUGAUCGUGCUGCCUGCAUUGCUGAGCUGGAGGAAAGCCAAAGCCAACUGCAUCAACAGGUGUCCAGUCUAGAGCAGCAGCUGGAACAGACUCGGAACGCUCUGCAGGAUGAAGUGAGUAAUAGCGAGUGGGAGGCCAGGAGGAAAGACAGAGACCUGCAGGAGAUGCACCAACAGAAUGCAAAACUCUCACAGUCUGUCAGUCAUUUGACAUCGGAGAUGACAAACUGUCAUGAAGAACUGUUGUCUGGACGAUCAGAGCUGCAGAGUCUGAAGAGGGACGUCAGCAUCAAAGUAUCUCAGAUCAGCCACCUGGAGAAGAAUCUGCAUCACACAAAGAGCCUCCUCGACAGCAAGUGUGACAGGGUGGUGGAGCUGGAGGAGAAACUCUAUCGUAAUGAGGCAGAAAAGCUGAACUGUGUCCGGCAAGUGCAUCUCCUGGAAGGGCAGAUUCAGGCUACACAGACAGAACUGGCCAGCACUGUGGAGCAGUUGCAGAAAGUAAAGGAUGUUCUGCAGAAAACCCUAGCCAUUGCCAAUGAGCGCCAAGCCUCUGUGGAAAAACUGACCAUUCAGCUUAGUGAGAGCCAGAGGCAGGUUGAGGAGAGAAAUCAGGAGGUCAUCAACAUGGACAGUGCACUGAAGGACAGACAGGGGGAGCUCCAGCAGAGAACAAACCUGCUGGGCCAGCUGGAGGUGGCCAUCAGGGAGCACAAGCAGGAGAUGGGGAGGAAGGUGGGCUCUCUGCAGGAGAGUCUGGAAGCCAAGGAGACUGAGCUGAGAGAGACAAAGAAGGAGGUCCAACAGCUCAGCCAGCAGUUGUGUUUGUGUCAGGAAAAAUUUCAGAGUGUGCUGGAGGAGCUUGAACAAACUCGUUCUUGCUGUGGGGAUCUGAGCCGAGAGCUGGACGACUGCAAGACCCACACAAAGGAGAAGGAGGUUCAGCUGUGUUGUGUGGAGAAGGACCUGGCCCUGAAGGAAUCGGACUGGCAGCAGACUAAGACCCAGCUGCAGAAUUCAGUUGCAACUUUACAGAGGCAGCUGGACCUGGAAAGGGAGCAGCACGGCAGUGAGCUGGAGUCUCUGCAGAAAACGCGCGGUCAGCUCCUCAAAGUCUCAGAGCAGAUCUCCUCUACAAUGCGCUCCUCACAGGAGCAGCUUAGUACAAAACUCAAGCAGAGCCAGGCCCAGCUGGACCAAACCAAGACUGAACUGGAUCAGGCCAGAAGCCAAGCCGGUCACCUUCAGAUACAGUUUGACCAAAGUCAGACUCAGCUCCUGCAAUCUGAAGCCCAGCUGCAGCAGAGCAGGGUUCUGUAUGAGCAGGCCAGGAUCCAGAACAGUCGCCUUCACGUCCAGCUGGAGCAGCUCAGCGACCAGCUGAAACGGGCUGCCAGUCAGAACGCGCCGCUGCAGACUCUGCUGCAUGCCUCUGAGGAGCAGAGCUUCAGUGACAGCCUGCUCCUUAAACCAGCCCUCUGUGAUGUUGGAUCAGCUCCUGGCCAAUCCAGGGUCUCCAGUCUGGAUCCAGCUGCUGAGUUCUGGGUUCACACUCGGUCCCCUGAAACAACUGUCCUCUCCCCUUCAGGCACUGACACGUCUCACCUCUGCUCUCCAACGCGCGGCGUCACUCCAUUAUCACCUCCAACUCCUACAUCCUUUCAUUGCUGCUCGGUCUCUCAUUCGUCUGUUCAAAGUGAGAACCAAAAACCCAGUGACUGGCUGCAGAACAGCAGCACGGACUCCUCUCUGGACCUUCCACCGAGCCUGAAGGCCACACUGAGGGAAGCGCUGCAGCAGCAGCCGCGGGAGCUGGCCAUCCCCAUGAUGUCCUCCUUCCCAGAAGGAGACCAUGACUGGCAGGGCCUGAGCGUGAUGGAGUCCACAACAGCCUCUGACAUGUCCUUCAACCCCCUCACCUACAUGGCAGAGAAACUAGACAGUCAGGAAGGACACGAACAUGCACACCCUGGCAUGGAGGCCACCUCGAGGCAGGAGAAACACGAGGGGGAGGUAGAUAUGGGUUCCCUGACAGGAAUGCUGAGGUUCGUUAAGCAGACGUUAGCCAUGCAGGAUGAUCCUUCAUUAUGGAGCUGUUCAGAGUCCACGCACAGCACCACAACAUGACUGGGUAAUGACCACAAAAAGUCCAGAACAGCC